UUGAACAGCACAUGGGGGGGGGGAAGCAGCACAGAGGACCUUUCCAGGGGGUCCGCGUGAAGAACUCCGUGAAGGAGCUCUUGCUGCACUUCAGGAGCAGCAAGCAGAUGUCCUCAGGUCCUGCCGCCGAGGAAAGCAAGGCACCAGGAGGAUUGGUAAACUACGAACCAUACACAGAAUUGAAGAGCAUACUGGGCCACAGUGGGAAAAGAAAGGCUCCUGAACUCCUUUCUGAUGGACCUUCUUUCAAACACCAAGCAAAUGUUCACCCACAUCUCCUGACCCCACCCCAGACACCAACUUCUAUGGAUAGCAUGGAGGAGACACAUAAAACUGACCCAAAGCAUGACAGCAGUUCUGAUCUGCUUCAGAACAUUAUGAACAUCAAGAACGAGUCGAGCCCCAUCUCCCUGAACACGGUGCAGGUGAGCUGGCUGCACUCUGUCUCCAGCCAUGGCUCUCCUGCUGAGCAGUACCAGGACAGCCCGGGAACACAGGCUUUCUCCCCGUCCCAGAAGUACCAAGCAUUCCAAGACCAAACCAACCAGCAUAUCCUUGAUCCACCGCAGCAUUACCAGUUCUCGGCAUCCCAGAACCAAGAUUUGUCACAGAGUUAUUCUUCAGAUGCCUCCCUGGACUACAGGCCAUUUGUUGCCAGUGACCAGUCUCCUGCCUGCCAGCAGAACACCUUUGAGAGCCAUGAGCUGCAGUACUGCCUGCCACAGAGCUUCUCUUCCCUCUUGAACGACUCAGAAGGCUCAGACAGCAUCUCCAGUCCCCUCCAGCCGCUGAGCAGUGCCCACCUGCAGGCUGAGGUUGCUGCUCAUCCCCCUAACUUCAGCUUGCUCUCCAGUAACCUCUGUGGUGGUCUGGAGCGCAGCGUCUCUUUGGCUGCUCUGAAUGUCUCUCUGCCUGAUCAAAACAUUGCCAGAAGCACGACACAGCUAGGCAAGUCAUUUUUCCAAUGGCAAGUGGAACAGGAGGAGAACAAACUGGCUAAUAUCUCUCAAGACCAGUUCCUUGCAAAAGAUGCCGAUGGAGACACCUUCCUCCACAUCGCUGUGGCCCAGGGCCGUCGAGCACUCUCCUAUGUUCUUGCAAGGAAGAUGGCUGCCCUACACAUGCUGGAUAUUAAAGAGCACAAUGGCCAGAGUGCUUUCCAGGUUGCUGUGGCUGCCAAUCAGCAUCUCAUUGUACAGGACUUGGUUAGCUUGGGGGCUCAAGUGAACACCACAGACUGCUGGGGUAGGACGCCAUUGCAUGUCUGUGCUGAGAAGGGACAUGCCCAGGUCCUCCAGGCAAUCCAAAAGGGAGCCAUGGGAAGCCAUCAGUAUGUGGACCUUGAGGCAACAAACUAUGAUGGUUUGACAGCAUUGCACUGUGCGGUUCUGGCCCAUAAUGCUGUGCUGCAUGAACUGCAGAACUGUCAGCCACCUCACUCCCCUGAAGUCCAGGAGCUUCUGCUGAGAAACAAGAGCCUGGUAGAAACCAUCAAGAUCCUGAUACAAAUGGGAGCCUCUGUUGAGGCGAAAGAUCGCAAAAGUGGUCGCUCUGCUUUACAUUUGGCAGCAGAAGAAGCAAACCUGGAGCUCAUUCGUCUCUUUUUGGAGCUGCCCAACUAUCUCUCUUUUGUUAAUGCAAAGGCUUACAAUGGCAACACAGCCCUGCAUGUGGCUGCCAGCCUGCAGUACCGCGUGAGCCAGCUGGAUGCUGUGCGCCUGCUUAUGCGCAAGGGAGCUGAUCCCAGUGCCAGGAACUUGGAGAAUGAGCAGCCAGUUCAUCUGGUUCCUGAUGGCCUUGUAGGGGAACAGAUAAGACGUAUCCUCAAAGGGAAGGCGAUUCAGCAGAGAGUGUCGCCGUUUUAGGCUCCGUGUUUCUUGGAGUAGAGC